UUUGUUAAAACUCGCGAAUUUUAAACAUAUCUCAUAUCGGGAAAAGUUUUGCCUGUAAAUCGUCACCCGGUUGGUGAAAGUUCAGAAGUUUGGUGGUGGUACCUGUUGCAGAAGGUACCAUAAUCAGACAUGUCGGACAACAUUAAUGUUGCUGUGAGAGUCAGGCCACUGAUUCAAAGAGAGCAGACUAGUGGCCAGAAGAUUAGCUGGUUGGUGAGAGACAAUACUGUGACUCAGCUUGAGAAUGAAAAACAAGUCGGAACAAGUUAUGUGUUUGAUCAUGUAUUUGACCAGCAUGAAACAAACAUGGAUAUUUAUGACCAAGUUGCUAUGGGAAUUGUUGAAGAAUCUAUGAAGGGAUUCAAUGGGACAAUUUUUGCAUAUGGUCAGACAUCAUCUGGGAAAACUCAUACAAUGAUGGGAGACAAGCUCAAUCAAGGAAUUAUUCCAUUGGCAAUGAAUGCCAUAUUUGAGGGCAUAGAGGGUACUCCAGAAAGAGAGUAUCUUCUCCGAGUGUCUUAUUUGGAAAUUUACAAUGAACAGCUUUGUGACCUUUUGAGUGAUGAAAAGAAAAAACUUAAGAUCCAUCAGGAUACUGAGAAUCAGGUUUAUGUAGCUAACUUGACAGAGGAGAUGGUCACUAAUGCAGACCAGAUACUUCAGCUUAUGAAGAAAGGAGCGGACAGAAGAAAGAUUGGAGAAACCAACAUGAAUGAAAGAAGUUCACGCAGUCACACUAUUUUUAGAAUGAUCAUUGAGAGUCGUGAAAGACAAGAUGAUUCAAGAAAAUCUGUUGAUGGGGCUGUAAUGGUUUCUCAUUUGAAUCUGGUUGAUUUGGCUGGUUCAGAAAGGGUCAGCCAGACUGGGGCUACUGGAGUACGCUUCCAGGAGGGCUGUGCCAUCAAUUCAAGCCUUUUCCAACUGAGUCAAGUUAUCUAUAAUCUCAGUGAAGGAAAAUCUUUUAUUGGCUUUAGAGAUUCUAAGCUGACAAGAAUUCUUCAAAAUUCACUGGGUGGAAAUUCCAAAACUGCAAUCAUUUGUACUGUGACCCCAGCCUCUGUGGAGGAGACCCAUUCCACAUUGAAGUUUGCCUCCAGAGCUAAGAAUAUAAAGAAUAAGCCACAGGUUAAUGAAGUUGUGUCGGAGGCGGCUCUACUUAAAAGAUACAAGACAGAAUUGGAUAAUCUAAAAAAGAAAAUAGAAAUGAUGGGCAACACGGAGGUCCAGCUUGAGAAUGAGGAACUGCAGAGACGUCUGGAAGAGAAAGAACAGUUACAAAAAGAACAGCAGGACAAGAUAGAUAUACUGCAGAAGAUGGUGUGUGUUUCCAGCAGAACAACAGAUGGUGAUACCGCACCAAAAAAGAGAAAGUUGAGGAGAGAAACCUGGUGCCCUGGGAAGAUGACCUCCAGGAAAUCAGUUGGCAGCUUUUCAGGCUUGUCUCCACUGAGGAAUAUGUCAUUAUCGUCCUUCUCCCCUUUGAUGGAGAUACCAGAGCAAAAGAAAAAACAGGAAUUGGAGAAUUCAUUUGUUGACUUUCCAAAUGACAGGCAAGUGACCGAGGAAAAGGAAGUAAUAAGGAAAACUUGUGAUUGUCAGACUGAUUUUCUCCGUGAUCAGUUGGAGGAAGUGAUGACACUUUGUGAACAGCUGCAGACAGAAAAAGCACGUAAAGAUGAACAGUUAGACUCUAUCAGCCAGGCUGUGUGCACAUUAGAAGCUCACAACAUGGAGCUGGAAGAUACCAUUAAACAGCUGAGAGGUGAUUUGAGAGACAAAGAUAGUGAGUUGAGGGAAUUGCAAGAGUUUACCAAGAUGGAAGCAGAGAUUAGAGAAAAUUCUACCAGUCCUAAACAUGAGCAAGUGGAUCAGUUAAAACACAAGAUUAGGCAGCUCGAACAGUUGGUGAAAGUUACCGAAUUGAACAGUCAAGAACUGGAGGACAAUGGCAAGUAUAAAAAUGAAAUAGAGGAGCUUAAACAGAAGUUGGUAGCCAAAGAAAAUGAACUACAGCAAGCUUAUGAACAGCAUGAGACUUUGAAGAUUAGUAGCAGUGAUGAUAUGGACAAGUUACAUAUCAAAAUUGUGGAGUUGGAGACAAGUUUAGAGCACAAUAAUUCAGAACUGCAAACCCUGCAAGAGCAAUAUGAUGUUCUGAAGGCCAAAUCUCAGGACACUGACAACAUGGAUGAUGGCAAAUAUCAAAAUGAAGUAGAGGAGCUUAAACAGUUGUUGGUUGCCAAAGAAAAUGAACUGCAGCAAGCUUAUGAACAGCAUGAGACUUUGAAGACCAGCAGCAGUGAUGAUGCGGACAAGUUGCAGCUUAAAAUUGGGGAGUUGGAAGCAUGUUUAGAGCGCAAUAAUUCAGAACUGCAAACUCUGCAAGAGCAACAUGAUGUUCUGAAGACCAAAUCCCAGGACACUGAUGAUGUGGACAUUGGAUUAUAUGAAAAUGAAAUAAAAGAGCUAAAGCAGCUGUUGGUUGCCAAAGAAGAUGAACUACAGAAAACCUAUGAACAGCAUGAGACUUUGAAGAUCAGCAGCAGUGAUGAUGUGGACAGACUGCAGAUUAAAAUUGAAGAGUUGGAAGCAUGUUUAGAGAGCAAUAAUUCAGAACUGCAAACUCUGCAAGAGCAAUAUGAUGUUCUGAAGGCCGAAUCCCAGGACAAUGACAAUGUGGAUAUUGGCAAAUAUCAAAAUAAAAUAGAGGAGUUUAAGUGUGAGUUGGAGGCCAAAGAAAAAGAAUUGCAGCAAGCUUAUGAACAACAUGAGACUUUGAAGAUCAGCAGCAAUGAUGAUGUGAACAAGUUGCAGAUUAAAAUUGAGGAGUUGGAAGCAUGUUUAGAGAGCAAUAAUUCGGAACUGCAAACCCUGCAAGAGCAAUAUGAUGUUCUGAAGGCCAAAUCCCAGGAUGUUGAAGACACGGACAUUGGCAAUUAUCAAAAUGAAAUGGAGGAGCUUAAACAGGUGUUGGUAGCCAAAGAAAAUGAACUGCAGCAAGCUUAUGAACAACACGAGACUUUGAAGACCAGCAGUAGUGAUGAUAUGAACAAGUUACAGAUCAAAAUUGUGGAGUUGGAGACAAUUUUAGAGCACAAUAAUUCAGAACUGCAAACCCUGCAAGAGCAAUAUGAUGUUCUGAAGGCCAAAUCCCAGGACACUGACAACAUGGUAUGUGCACUUCUCUAUUGUUUAUCAAUCAUUAUUAUAGUGUGCAUGUAG